GUUUCAGCGUCUCCUGAAAGGGAAUCAGAUAUUUUGGGAGACGCGAAAGUAGAUGGAGCGUGUGGGGGGCACUCAGGACAGAACAGUAAGAAGCCUGAAAAGGAUAGUACACUGUGUAAUGAGGUAAUGGAAGCUUUUGCAUCAAACGUGAAAUUAUAAUGGUUUUGUUUUGUGGACACACCACGUUUUACAUAUUGGCCCAAUAUUUAGACAUCAUGAGUACAAGUUUUUAUAAAUCAUACACAAUCUUUCAGGAUCCACUACGAGACAGCAAAAACUACCUAAGUUUAUAACAUUUUCUUAUCUCGCAGAACCAAAUCAUGAAACUGAUGAAGAAAAUCGAGGAACUCGAAGAGAAAAAUCAUAAACUGGAAGGCAUGAAGAUAAUGCUGUUCAUACAAACUCAACGCCAAUUAGUCCAAUUGCAAAGAUAUGAGGCAAUGGACAUGAGAGGGCCUAACAUCGUUUCAGAGACAGUGGUAUGUGUAAGCAAUCAGAAGAAACUUUUGGUAGUGUCUCCCACAUUUCACACACGAUAAUUUCUCUUUGACUUUAACCCCAAUAAUAAACAUGUCCCUAACCAAUGCUGUUUUUCAAAAGUGCCCGAUUUAAGGAACGAAAAAGGGUUUCUUGAAUGAACGCCCUCUUUUGCUGGAAAGAAUCGGUGCCCUUUAUGCAGUAGUAAAGACUCUUGUAAAGACAAUUUCCGAUUAGAAACUCAAUAUUUUCAAAAAUUUUCGUUCGGCUCGUGAACGAACGACAUAAAAUCUUUGAUUUUAGUCCUUUUUUGGCCAAUGUCCCUCCACUUUCGAAAUGCUUCCGCGGCCUCUGUUGCGUUAGUUUUGAACUAACACAACCUGUUUGUUUGAAGUUUAUAUAAUAUUUACCAAAUUUAUGUGCCAUUUGUACUAAAAAAAUCCUGUGGAACAAAUUAAUUAUUAUUUCAUUUGACAGGAAACUCAUCUACAAUGGUCGGGUCACCAUGACGUGGCUGGGAGACAAGAACUCUGA